AAAUGUGGCCAUGCGCAAUAUCGUCUUUUGGACACCAUGGUUUCAUGCGUUGUUAGUCGUGCUCUUUGGGCAUUUAAAUCUUUCAGACCAGGUCAGGUCGGUCGGGAUACAUUGGAUUUGAACGGAUUGUCUCAACGUAUAUCAAAAUCAGGUUUAUCAAUGGAACAAGCUGUUACAGAGGGUACAUGUCAUUUGAACCACAUACACACAUACAGAGUGUGUGUGGAAGGAAACAUAGGAAGUGGUAAGACAACUCUUUUAAAUCACUUCUUGAAUAAUAAAGACACAGAGGUCAUUCAAGAGCCUGUUAGUAUGUGGAGAAAUGUCAGGGGAUUCAACGUGCUUGAUCAUUUGUAUCGUGAUCCUAGCAGAUGGGGUAUGGCUCUACAGACAUAUGUACAACUUACAAUGUUGAAGAUCCACACAAAACCACAGGUUCAACCAGUCCGAAUGAUGGAGAGAUCACUCCAUAGUGCCAGAUAUUGUUUUGUGGAAAAUCUUCGAAACAGUGGUAACAUGCCAGAGAUGGAGUAUGUCAUUUUGGAUGAAUGGUACCGUUGGAUUACACAGGCGCACAAUGUGCAUGUUGAUCUGUUUGUAUAUCUUUAUACGACUCCAGAGACCUGUUAUGAGAGAAUAAAGAAACGUUGUCGCAGUGAAGAAAUUGGGAUAUCAAUGGACUUGCUACAGAAUCUUCACAUAUUGCAUGAAGAUUGGUUAAAGCACCAAAAAUUUCCUGUUAAUGCACCUGUUUUGACCAUUGAUGCAAACUGUGACUUGACAUUAAUGUUUGAGAAGUAUCGGCAACAUGAGCCAGUUAUCUUAGGGAAAAAAGCUGCUUCAUUAUAGCACAUGACAAAUUUAUUAUAAGGACCAUCACUUCAUACUCAAACCAGCUCAGUUCAUGGAGGGAUAAAGUGCAAACAAAAAAGCCUCUUUUCCAGCACUACAAAGGGUUUUACUGCCUAAAAAAAGUCAAUAACUGUAAAAAUUAAAUAGUUUGAUAUUAAUGGAUCUCUUUUGUAAAUCUAAUGCUUAUGGCAAGAAGUGUUUCACUAAUAUAACUAAAAGUGAAAACUCCAUCUUUAUAUCUCUUAACUUUGCAGUUUGGUUGCUAUACUUGCAUAUUGGUGCAGGCAAUUUGAGCUUGAUGUUUCAUGUUUAUAGAUUUUUGACAUGAAAAAAAAACUCAUUCUUUUUUGUGUUUGUGGGAUUGUAAGGGUACUGUUAAUGGUUCAGAACUGUAGAUAUACUUUUAACAUCCUCCAAGAAUUAAAUUUUCCAGAAAACGACAUGGCAUAUUACUAACAUGAGAAACAGAUAUGACUUUUUUAAUUCUUUUCAUAAGAUCAGGACGAUAGUGCAUGUCGUAUUGUUCAGCAUACUGCCAGUAUGUCGUCGUCUUCCUUGUCAAAUGAUGAAAGAGUCUGUGGCAUCCUGAUUGAAAUUUUAAAAGGUCUUUUGUCACAUUUGUGUGAAUGUUACUACAGUUUUUGCUCCUCUUUUUGAUAUGAGACACAAAUGUCUGUUACUGAUUUAUUUUAUGAUGGUGAACCAUUGUGACAAAAUCAGCUUAAGUGGGCAUUAUUACAUAAAUGUAUUUUUAACAUUUAAUGUUGACAACCUGUAAAUAUUUCUUUUUUGUGCAGUAUACAAUGUAUAUUGCAUUUUCAUUUUUGAUUGCCAAGCAUUCAGCUACAUUUUGUCUGUCUUGUGUUUUUAUGUUUCUAAUUCACAGAGAGCUUUGAUUGAGAUAUGGUGCUAUAAAAGCUCACACUAUUGUUAUUAUAUUUUAUUAUUAUAGGCCAUUUCUUUAUCUGUAUUAUUAAAUCAAUUAUUUGGUCUUUUUUUGAGGGCAGUCCGGUGGCGUAUCAGUGCCUGUCACCAAUACAGUGAGGGUUGGCUGUCCUGUGUUCAGCGGACAUGCUCUUCCCUCUCUGCAUGUGGCAUCUGUUUACAGGGCUGGCUGCUUUGCCAUGAUAUAUCCUUAGUUGUGGCUUGGUGUAAAACACCAAUUUCCCAUCCCAUCUCCCAAUCUUUUUUUGAGUGCCAUUUUAUUGUGGUAUGGAAAAUGAGUCCGUGGAGAGACCCACUUUGUACAUUCCUAGUCAGCUGAAAAGUAUUUUUUGUCCUAAGUGACAGUUUUGCAUUAGUGACAAAAUCUGAUUUUAUUUUUUUUUUAUAUUAUAGUUUAUAGUUAGUUCCAAGUUAGGUCAAACUUGUUUAUCCAGGUGAUUUUUCAGAUGAAUGUUGAAAUCAUGUGAUGUGAGUAUAUAACAUCCACUAGAGGCAUGAUCACAACUUUCAUUAGGAUUAAUGAUUGGUGGUAUUCCGAAGAGAUGCAUAAAACCUUUAAGUGGGCUUGUUUGCUCUCAUUAGGCUGUGUUCAAGCUGAGAGUGACUAAUGUACAAAUUUUAAAUAAAAGCUAAUUCUUCAUCCUAUUCAUAUACAUAUAAAAUAAAGAAUCUUGAACUUUUA